UUUAGCAUGAGUACAUAUGCUUUGUUAAACUAACGGCAGAAUUAAACUAUGGGCCUCAACGGUCUUCAUCUUCUGUCUCUUCUUCUGCUCUGCCAAGGAAUUCACUUUGCUCAAGGAAGUUGUGGCAGUACAGAGUUCCAGUGCUCCAAUGGACAAUGUAUCGAUGUAGCUUGGAGGUGUGAUGGGACAAAAGACUGCACAGACGACUCAGAUGAGCUGAACUGUCCUCCUCCGUCAUGCUCCUCGCAAGAAUUUAAGUGUGUCACAAGUGGUGAAUGCAUCUCUUCGGGCUUUGUCUGCGAUGGGGAGGAAGACUGCAUCGAUGGCUCGGAUGAACAAAGAGCCUGUGGUGGACGGACUUGCAGCGCAGACCAGUUCACCUGCCAGGAGGGCCAGUGUAUCCCCAGCAAAUACAGAUGUGACCAUGUGAAAGACUGCGUGGACGACUCUGAUGAGAACAACUGCGACUAUCCACAUUGCGCUGACUUGACUUGUGCUAAUGGAGCUUGUUACAGCAAAUCUCAACGCUGCAAUGGGCUACAGGACUGUAGAGACGGCUCCGAUGAAUUCAACUGCACAACACAGCACUGUCAGCUGCACCAGUUUCAGUGUGCAAAUGGCUACUGUAUUUCACAUUCCUUUUUGUGUGACCACUACGAUGACUGUGGGGACAACAGUGAUGAGCAAGGCUGUGUGUACCAGAGUUGCGACGGCAAUGAGUUCACAUGUUCCAGUGGCCGUUGUAUUCCUCAGCGCUGGGUGUGCGACCAGUACAACGACUGUGGGGACUACAGUGAUGAGAGAGGAUGUGACAGUAACUCUCGAGGCUGUUACCCUGGUGAGUGGGGAUGCCCUGGCUCAACAGUAUGCAUAGCAAUGGGCAAAGUGUGUGAUGGCAAACCCGACUGCCCUGGAGGAACAGAUGAGACCAACUCCACAGCACAGCAAACCUGCGGCCUGGAGCGGUGCUCCACCUUGAGCUGUGAGUUCUUGUGCCACCCAUCUCCUCAGGGAGGCGCUUGCUACUGUCCUGAUGGUUUCAUUGUAGCCAAUGACAGCCGUUCCUGUGUAGACUAUAAUGACUGUCAGAUCUGGGGGAUCUGUGACCAGUUGUGUGAAGAUCGUUCUGGUACACAUCACUGUAGCUGUGCUGAUGGAUACUUCUUGGAGCAGGGUCAUGUCUGCAAAGCCAAUGUGUCAGCUGGACUGCCACAGCUCAUCUUCACCAAUGGGGGUGAAGUGAUGAUGGCUGAUAUACACGGGCGCUUUGUCAGAACUCUGGUGCCGUCCCAGGGUAAAGAUUUUGCUGUAGGGGUGGCAUACCACUGGCACAGCGACACAGUCUUCUGGAGUGAUACAUAUACCCAAAAAGUAUACUCUGCCAACUACAAUGGGGGUGACAUAAAGGAGAUCCUGACUUCUGCAGUUCACAAUGUCCAGAACCUUGCUGUGGACUGGGUCAAUUUCAAACUUUACAUCUUAGAGGCCAUGGUGGAGCGCAUUGACAUGUGCGACUUUGAUGGAGGGAAUCGUGUUACACUGGUGGCUGAAGACCUGGGGGCUCCUCAUGGCCUUGUCCUGGACCCUACAGUAGGCUACAUGUUCUUCACAGACAAGGGCUCUACUACAGAGAAGGUGAAGCUCGAACGUGCCUUCAUGGAUGGCAGUAACCGCGGCGAGCUGGUGAAGAGGGGACUCGGUACUCCAACAGGAAUUACAGUAGAUAUUGUCACCAAGAGGGUCUACUGGUCUGACAGCCACUUUGAUACAGUGGAGAGUGUCACCUAUAGUGGUUUGGACAGAAAAAUUGUUCUCAACGGUGGAACCCAGGCCCCACAUCCUUUUGGAAUUGCUGUGUUUGAAAACCAUGUAUUCUUUACUGACUGGACCAAGAUGGGUGUGGUGAGAGCGAACCGCUUCAAUGGCAGCAACCCAGCACUCCUUUAUCAUACCACAAAGAGGCCGGGCGAUGUUAUAGUCUCACACUCCGUCCUUCAGCCUGCUGUGAUCAACCCUUGUGGCAGACACAACGGUGGCUGUCAACACAUUUGCGUAUUGAGUCACCGCACCGACAAUGAUGGUCUUGGCUUCCGCUGCAAGUGUCGCUACGGUUACGACCUUCAGCCUGACCGUAGGACCUGCUUUAAGGUGAAGGAUUUCCUGUUGAUAGCCACCUCUCUGGCAGUGAGGGGAAUCCCACUGAACUUGUCCCUCCAGGAGGACGUCACCCUGCCGCUCUCGGGGCUUGGGACAUCUUUCUCUGGCUCUGCUGUGGAAUUUGAUGGCAACGAAGAAGCCCUUUUCUACAAUGACAGAUCCAGAGGCCUUGUUUAUAAGUCUACUCUCAAUGGCACUGUCCAGCAGAUUUUGACAGGCUACAGAGUAGGAAUGAUUGACGCCAUGGCUUACGACUGGACCUCCAAAGUCUUGUUUUGGACCACAAGUACCUACAAGUCAGUGGUGGCCUUCAGAGUCACAGACAAAUCCAGACGAGACAUUGUGACAGGACUGAGGUACCCAAAAGGAAUCGCAGUGCAUCCCAGUGCUGGCUACUUGUUUUGGUCUGACUGGCACCGUCCAGCAGUCAUAAUGAGAGGCUUCACUGAUGGCAGCAAAGCUGUCCCUCUGGUCAACACAACACUGGGAUGGCCUUAUGGACUCGCUCUUGAUUAUGUGAUGGACAGACUGUACUGGGUGGAUUCCCAGUUGGACCAGAUUGGUCAUAUUGGCAUUCACGGAUAUGACAGACAGACAUUUUCCAAUAUUGGACAGAUUACUCAGCCCUAUUCUCUAACAGUUUAUUCAGACUACCUGUAUGUGUCUGAUACAAGGACCAGAGCAGUAUUUGAGAUGAGAAAGAGGGAUGGAGGAGGAAACUUUAUGAUCAGACAAGGAAUCACCGGUAUCAUGAAUGUCAAGGCCUACACAACUGACAUCCACAACAGAUUAACCAGCCAAUGCAAUGUUCUGCCCAACGGGCGCUGCAGUCACUUCUGUUUCCCAAUGCCCUCCUUCACUCGAGUGUGUGGUUGUCCAUAUGGCAUGAAACUUCAGGAAAAUCAGAGGGACUGCAUCAAGGACGAUUCUGUUCCCCCACCUGACAACAACUGUGGUGAUUACUCCUUUGAGUGUGAUGAGGGACGCUGUAGACCCAACUCCUACCUCUGUGAUGGAAUUGCUGAUUGCAUAGAUGGGACUGACGAGGCCAACUGCACUGAUACAGGAGCGACCUGCUCUCCAUGGACGUUCACCUGCAGCAACAAGCACUGCAUCACGUCCACUUGGCGCUGUGAUGGCAUGGACGACUGCGGUGACGGUUCUGAUGAAAUGAACUGCCCCACUCAACUCCCUACUACCUGCACUGCUGACCAAUUUACCUGCAAUAACAACUUAUGCAUCCCUAAAGACUAUGUGUGUGACAGUGAGAAUGACUGCGGUGAUGGCUCUGAUGAGCACAACUGUAAUUCAACCACCACAACAUGUCCUCCUGCCUACUUCCUGUGUCCCGACCACCGCUGUAUCUACAUCUCCUACGUGUGUGACGGAGACCAGGACUGCCUUGAUGGCUCUGAUGAGAAAAACUGCGAGUUUUCCUGUGCCUCCUACGAGUUUACUUGUGGCACUGGGGACCAGUGUGUCAGCUCAUUGUAUCGGUGUGAUGGAGUAUACGACUGCAAGGACCAUUCUGAUGAACAAAAUUGUCCCACUCGAGGUCCAGGCCUCUGCCACAAUGAUGAGUUCCAGUGCCAGACUGACGGUUUCUGCAUACCAGACGAGUGGGAGUGUGACGGCCAUCCUGACUGUGAGGAUGGAAGCGAUGAACAUAACUCCUGUCCACCUGUCACCUGUGGAACCAACUAUUUCCAGUGUACCAACAAGCUGUGCAUCCCAACAAGCUAUUUGUGUGACGGCGAAAAUGACUGUCAAGACAUGAGUGAUGAACAGAAUUGCCCCACCCCUCCAUUUAGCUGUCCCCCCGAUCAGUGGCAGUGCCCCACCAAUCAGCAGUGCAUCAACCUGGACAAGGUGUGUGAUGGCCAGAAGGACUGCCCCAAUGGAGCAGAUGAGUCACCUAUCUGCAACCAAAAUGACUGCUCACUGAACAACGGGGGCUGCAGUGAUGGCUGUAUUCAAGGACCAUUUGGUGCCCAGUGCACCUGUCCAUCAGGAUUUCAGCUCCUUAAUGACUCUAAGACCUGUGAGGACAUCAACGAGUGUCUGAUUCCAGGAUUCUGCAGCCAGCAGUGCUACAAUGAGAGAGGGAGCUUCAGGUGCUACUGCUCAGAUGGUUACAUCUUAGAGCCCGAUGGGCGCACCUGUAAAGCUGCAGACAAACUAUCAGCUGUACUUCUGGUUGCCAAGCGUAACCAGAUCAUUGCCCAGAAGAUCAACAUAAGACCACCCCAAAUGUAUCCAGUGGUCAGCGGUUCCAGCAUCGUGACUGUAGACUUUGAUCGCGAAACUUCCAGAAUCUACUGGGCUGAUGCCUCGGAGAAGAAGAUAUGGAGUGCCUAUCAGAAUGGCACAGACAAACGGGAAGUGUUCUCCUCAGGUCUGAUGGUACCAGAGAGUAUAGCUGUGGACUGGGUGGGCCGGAACCUUUAUUGGACCGACUCUGUCAUGGAGAACAUUGAGGUCUCUACUCUGGAUGGCCGCUAUCGGAAAGUCCUUCUCAACAAGAAUAUUACCAGUCCUCGUGGACUGGUCUUAGACCCCCGUAACCACACUAACCUGAUGUUCUGGUCAGACUGGGGUCAGAACCCCAGGAUCGAGCGGGCCUACAUGGAUGGAGGAGCGAGACAAGUCAUCGUCAGCGCUAAGCUCUACUGGCCCAAUGGCCUGGCCCUGGACUACACCACACACAGGGUCUACUUUGCUGAUGCCUACCUCAAAUAUAUUGACUACUGUGACUACGAUGGCAGUAACCGUCAUCAGGUCAUGGCAAGUGAGAUGGUUCUGCAGCACCCACAUGGUAUGACCAUCUUUGAGGACAACGUCUACUGGUCGGAGCGAUACACCAGCAAGGUGAUGAUGUCAAACAAAUUCCAUGGUGGCAACAUCACCACCCUGAUGAACAAUGUGUACCAGCCCAUGGGCAUUGUUAUGGACCAUCCCAUCAAACAGCCUAAAGCCAUCAACCCAUGCAAAGACCACUUGUGUACACAGCUGUGCCUGCUGUCAGGCAUGAGACCAAAGUACCACACCUGCCACUGUCAAUCUGGCUGGAAGCUGGAUGCUGACAAACACACCUGCAUCAAAGAUAAGACUCCCUUCUUGAUGGUGGUGAGAGAUUCAGUGAUUUUUGGAAUUCCUCUGGAUCCUGCUGACUCCUCCAACAAUGCAAUGACCCCUGUGUCGGGCAUCAGUCAGGGCAGAGACAUCGAAUUUGAUGACCAGGAGCAGUUGGUCUAUUGGGUGCAGAACACCGGUUCCAUAUGGCAAGUGAAAACAAGUGGUACCAACAGGUCCGAGUUCGCUCCAGCUGCUAUUAUGGGCUCACCGUCUGGUCUGGCUUUUGAUUGGAUAAGCCGAAUAAUGUACUACACCAAUCCCACUGUUAAAGCCAUAGAGGUAAUCCGUGUGGAUGGAAAUCAGCACUAUAGGAAGACCCUGAUCACCUCCACUGGUAAACCAGAGGGAGUAGGAGACCCUGUUGGGAUAGCCCUGGAUCCAGCCCGAGGAAAAAUGUUCUGGACGGACAAGGGGUCAGACAGUGGAGUUCCUCCAAAGAUUGGCAGCGCUGACAUGGAUGGAGGAAACCUCACAAACCUCUACACAGGAAACCUGGUUAACGUAGGAUUCAUUGCUGCUGACAUCUCUACCCUCAAACUGUACUGGGGUGUUGCAGGCUCAGGAGUGAUUGAAAGUGGCACCAUGGAUGGAGUUUCCCGAGUGACAGUGGUGAGUGGCCUGUCCCAUCCGUGGGGACUGACGAUUCACCAGAGCCACCUCUACUACACAGACCUGGACUACGAGGUUAUUGAGAGGGUGGACAAGGAGAGCGGUGCCAGUAUGGUGGUGAUGAGGAGUGGCUUGUCUGGUCUCCGUGCCCUCAAAGUGCAUGCCAGAGACAACUCAGCAGGGACCACCAAUGCCUGCAGCUCCAACAACGGGGGCUGUCCCCACCUCUGUCUGCCCAAACCAAACAAGCAAAAGACCUGUGCCUGCACCACAGGCUUUUACCCGUCUCAAGAUGGCUCCCGCUGUGAACAGUAUGAAUCUUUUGCAAUUGUCUCCGCUCCUCAGUACAUCCGUGGCUUCCACAUAAACAGCUCUGACCACUCUGAUGCUAUGGUGCCAGUCAAUGGACCUUCCAACUCCAUAAUGGGCAAGCUGGACCUCCAUAUCGAGUCUGACUUUGUUUACUGGACGGACAACAGCACCUACAGCUCAGACAGGGGCAUCUUCAGAGUCAAAACAGAUGGAAGUUAUUACAGCAGUGUAAUCAACUCAGGAGUUGGAAGAGGAGGCAUCCAGGGCCUUGCUGUAGACUGGGUUGCAGGUAACUUAUACUUCACCAAUGCCUUUGAAAGUGAGACUUUACUGGAGGUGCUUCGCAUCAAUACAGCCUACCGAAUGAUUCUUCUCAAGUCAUCCCACGAUCGCCCCCGUGACGUGGCUGUCAGCCCCAGGCUUCGCUACCUCUUCUGGACUGAUGGUGGCCAAACACCAAAGAUUGAGCGGUCCCUGCUGGAUGGCAGCAACCGCACUGUGUUGGCAUCAGAAAGCCUAGCCUCACCUCGUGGCCUUACUGUUGAUUACACUAAUAAUUUCCUCUACUGGACAGAUGAUAUUCUUGACAUGAUCUCCCGAAUGGCUACAGAUGGAACACAGAGGCAGAUUAUCCGAUAUGGGAGCCGGUAUCCAUCUCCUACAGGAAUGGCUAUAUUUGGAAACUACAUGCUCUGGGUGGAUCAAAAGCUUGGGAAACUUUUCCAGGCCAGUAAGGACCCUGCCAAUUCUGACCACCCAGAGGUAAUUCGAGACAAUCUUGAUGGGCUUAUGGAUGUCACUGUAUUUGACGCUCAUGUCCAGCCUACAUCUGCAAACCAAGUGGGUUUCAACCCGUGUCAAGAAGAUAACGGACGCUGUCAGCAGCUCUGCUUUGCCAUUUCAGGCCAGGAGAAACCAAAAUGUGCAUGUGCACAUGGGUCUCUCCUGAGUAAUGGAGUAACAUGCGGUUAUGGAUUGGAAGAGUUUCUAGUUUUCACCACAGACUACACGCUGAAUAGCUUGAGGUUAGACCCUGCAGAUCACAGCAUCCCCUAUCCAACGUUCAACUUGGGCUACAACUUGAUGGGUUUGGAUUAUGACUUCAAGGAGAAGAGAAUUUUCUUCACCCAGUUAAUGGGGCCUGGUCGGAGCAGAAUUGGCUACAUCACCACGACAUCCACCUCCAGUCCACCUGUCAUUCUAGCUUCAAAUUUGGAUGACCCAGAGGGUUUGGCAUAUGACUGGAUCAACAAGCGUCUCUACUUCACUGACUAUUUUAGCCGCAAUAUCCAGUCCAUGGGAGUGGAUGGAAUGAACCGCUCCAUUAUAGUCCACGCAAACCGUCCCAGAGGCAUCGUUGUCGAUCCCUGCUAUGGUUACCUGUACUGGACUGACUGGAGCAUUCCAGCUCAAAUUGAGAGGGCCACACUGGGUGGAAACUUCCGCACAGCUAUAAUCAACAGUGGUCUGGAACAGCCCAAUGGGCUCUCUCUGGAUUACGAGGAAAGGAUGCUGUACUGGGCUGAUUCCACAUUAGAUAAGAUCGAGCGGGCCACUCUCACAGGUGAGAACCGUCAGGUGAUCCUGCAGGGGGUCCAAUUUCCAUAUGCCUUGACUGUCUUCCAGCAGGACAUCUUCUGGACUGACUGGACUGCGAGUGCCGUCUUUAGGGCUGGGAAGGACGAUGGCUCUGGCUUUGCAGUGCUGGCACAGGAACUGCCGAAUCGACCAAACUACAUCCAUGUUUAUGCCGCAUCUAAACAGGAGAGCUGCUCCAGUACCUGUCAACAGUUCAACGGAGGCUGCAGUCACAUCUGUGUUCCUGGUCCAUCGGGCCCAGAGUGCCAGUGUCCUCAUCAGGGUAGCUGGUACCUGGCCAACAACGGCAAAGACUGUAUCCAAGACACAGGGAAACGCUGUCAAGCACAGCAGUUCACCUGUCUCAAUGGUAACUGCGUCUCAGUACGCUCGAAGUGUGAUGGCUUCAACGACUGCAAAGAUAACUCGGAUGAGCUGGAGAGAGUCUGUGCCUUCCACACCUGCUCAGCCAUGGACUUUACCUGUGACAAUGGGCGCUGCGUGCCACUCAGCUACAUCUGUGACUACACAGAUGACUGUGGUGAUAACAGUGAUGAGCAAGGCUGCCCUUUUCCUACAUGUAACCCUGAUACUGAGUUCACCUGUGCCAACGGACGUUGCAUCCACGCGGCCUUUGUCUGUGACGGCCACAAUGACUGCAGGGACAACCAGACAUCUGAUGAAAUCAACUGCCCUGACAGAACGUGUCCUGAGGGCCAGAUCAAGUGUGACCACACCAACAUUUGCAUCUACCCUGAAAACCUGUGCGAUGGCUACAACAACUGUGGAGACAACAGCGACGAGAAUCCUCUCUUCUGCGCGGACCGCACUUGCUCUCCGGACCAGAUCAGCUGUGAUGGAGGGAAGUGUGUCCCUCAGUCUUGGGUGUGUGACUCAGUUCAUGACUGCCUUGAUGGGACAGAUGAACCUCCCUCCUGUGAGGAUAUAAUCAGAACAUGCAGCCCCAGCCAGUUCACAUGUACCAAUGGAAACUGCAUCCCCCAGUCAAUGACCUGUGAUGGCAACAAUGACUGCUGGGACAACAGUGACGAGGCUGCUGAACUGCAGUGUGGUCAGCGUACCUGUAGUCCUGACCAGUUCACCUGUCCAACCUGGUACCCCGGCAACCCACGUUGUGUGGAACUUAGCUUUGUGUGUGAUGGAGAGAAAGACUGUGCCGAUGCAGCUGAUGAGCUCCAUAACUGCCCCAACCGCACCUGCCAUUUGAAUGAAUUUGCCUGUACCAAUGGGCGUUGCAUCCUGCUCCCCUACCACUGUGACCGUGUGAACGACUGCGGGGAUGGCAGUGAUGAGUUGGGCUGUACUUACGACACGUGCAACAGCUAUGAGUUCACUUGCGGUAAUGGGGUCUGCAUCUAUGCCUCCUUCAUCUGUGACGGGCAGAGCGACUGCAUGGAUGGAUCAGAUGAGGCAGACAGCUUGUGCAUCACGCCCCAGCCCACCUGUGCUCCCCAGCAGUACAUGUGCAAGUCAGGCGAGUGCAUCGACAUCAACAAGGUGUGCAACGGGCAGAAGGACUGCAAGGACGACAGCGACGAAAAAGGCUGCGGGAUCAACGAGUGCAAAGACCCAGCAGUCCACAAGUGUGCCCAGAUCUGCACCGACACCCUCACCGGCUACUACUGCUCGUGCCACCCGGGCUACCAACUCAUGCCAGAUGGCAAAGCCUGCGAGGACCUCGACGAGUGUUUGAGCACACCUGCUGUCUGCAGUCAGAUAUGCGAGAACACUGUUGGCUCAUAUCACUGCAAAUGUGCCCCAGGGUACAUCCGCGAAGCAGAUGGACGCACCUGUCGUCAGAACAGCGGCAUUGCCCCGUACCUGUUGUACAGUAAUCGCUACUACAUCCGCAAUGUGACCACUGACGGGUCACAAUUGACUAUAGUCCUGCAGGGGCUCUCCAAUGUGGUGGCAUUAGAUUUUGACCACUCUGAGAAGAGGCUUUACUGGCUAGAUGCAGGGUUAGGAAAGAUUGAGAGGAUGCGUUUUGACGGGACCGACAGGGAGACGCUUGUGGAAAAUAUAAUGGAAGCUGAAGGUGUGGCGCUGGACUGGGUGGGCAGGAAGUUUUACUGGUCGGACUCUUAUUACGGCUCAAUUCAUGUGAUGGAGCUGGAUGGGCGCUACCAGAAGAAGCUGCUGUCAGGAGGUUUCACAGCUGGAAAUGCCAGUUAUAUUAUCAGCCGACCUCGCGCUGUGGCUGUUAACCCUAAAUAUGGAUGGCUGUACUGGACCGACUGGGGUGACACAGCAUAUAUCGGCAGAGCUGGCAUGGAUGGAAGAAACGUCAGUGCCAUUAUCACAACCAAGCUGGAGUGGCCCAAUGCCCUGACCAUAGACUACACCAACAACAAGAUCUUCUUUGCUGACUCCCACCUUAACUUUCUGGACUUUGCAGAUAUGGACGGCCAAAACCGACACCGGGCCAUCGCUGGUACACUUCCCCAUGUUUUUGCAGUUACCCUCUUUGAGGAUUGGGUCUACUGGACAGACUGGAACACACACACAGUAGAGAAAGCCCAUAAGUACACCGGCGAACAGCGCACAAUCAUGGGCAACAACACCCACCGGCCCUAUGACAUCCAUGUGUACCACCCUUACAGGCAGCCUAGGAGUGAAAACCCCUGCUCUUCCCAUCAUCUGACUUGCAGUCAUUUGUGUCUGAUUGCUGCUGGUGGGAAGGAAGCUUCCUGUGAGUGUCCAGAUCACUUCAUCGCCCUCUCCGUGGGCUUCACCAUCCAGUGUGUGGCCGACUGCUCCAGCACCCAGUUCCGCUGUGGGGACAAUGAGAAGUGUGUUCCCAUAUGGUGGAAGUGUGACGGCCAAUCAGAUUGCGGUGAUGGCUCAGAUGAGCCUCAGACCUGCCCUCCCCGUCACUGUGCCAUUGGCCAGUUCCAGUGUCAGGACAGCAACUGUACUUACCCCGGCUUCAUCUGUGACGGCCACCCGGAAUGCCCUGAUGGUUCAGACGAGGAUGCGGCUCUCUGCAGUGACCAUCGAUGCCAGGAAAACCAGUUCCAGUGUAAAAACAAGAAAUGCAUCCCUGUGUCCUGGCACUGCGACGGAUUCAAAGACUGCUCAGACGGCAGCGACGAGGACGCAGAGACUUGCUCCCAGAAGACCUGCCGACCGGGAGAGUUCCAGUGUAACAACGGGCUCUGUCUGCCAUUGAGCUAUGUGUGUGACGCCGAGGACGACUGUGGGGACGGAUCUGAUGAGCCGCAUGAUAUAUGCAUGGGUCCAGACUACAAGUGUGAUGAGGACACAGAGUUCUCCUGCAAGACAAACUACCGCUGUAUCCCUCAGUGGGCCCGCUGUGAUGGCACAAACGACUGCCUCGACAACAGCGACGAGCAGGGCUGCGAGGCCGUGACCUGUGAUCCCCUGGGAGAUUUCCGAUGUGACAACCACCGCUGUGUUCCAAUCCGCUGGCGGUGUGAUGGCAACAACGACUGUGGUGACGGCUCAGAUGAGAGCAACUGCCAGCCAAGGCCUUGUUCAGAAAGUGAGUUUCAGUGUGACAACUCACAGUGCAUCCCUGGAAACUGGGUGUGUGAUCAUAAAAAUGACUGCGGGGACAACUCAGAUGAACGGGACUGUGAGUUGCUGACGUGUCGGCCAGGUUCUUUCCAGUGUGACUCGGGUCACUGCAUCCCUGCUGCUCUGCAGUGUGAUGGCAUCCCUGAUUGUCAGGACUUGUCAGAUGAGACCAGCUGUCCUACUCGUUACCCAGGAGGCCGUUGGUGCCCUCAGGAGCAGUUCCAGUGUGGGAACCGUCUGUGUGUGAGCCAGAGCUGGGUGUGUGAUGGUGUUGAUGACUGUGGGGACCGCUCGGACGAACAGCUCAGUUUGUGCUUGGACGUCACCUGCGAGAUGCCGUCCAAGUUCCGAUGUGCAAACGGCUACUGUAUCUACGCCGGUCUGCUGUGCAACCAGAGGGACGACUGUGGAGACGGCAGUGACGAGGAGGAGGAACUCUGCCGCGAGCCCACGCUGCCCCCCUGCACACUGGAGGAGUUUAAAUGCACCAAUGGACACUGUGUGGCCUUGCCAUAUGUAUGUGACCACAAUGACAACUGUGGGGACCGCACUGACGAACUAGGCUGCAAUUUUGGCCUCGAUCGUAACUGUGACGAGAAGCUGUGCCAGCACGAGUGCACCAACCUGAACGGCACCGGCUUCAUCUGCUCCUGCAGACCAGGAUACAGAGUGGACCCAGACAGCACCUACACCUGCCUGGACAUCAAUGAGUGUGAGGUGUACGGCACCUGUCCUCAGGUCUGUAAGAACACCAAGGGAAGCUACGACUGUGAGUGCGCCACCGGCUACCGGAAAGUAGGCGACGGCAACAUGUGCGAGGCGGAGGGAGCGGCUCCAAUGCUGCUUCUACCAGAGAACAUUCGUAUCCGGAGGUUCAACCUGCAGACGGAGGCCUACCAUGACUUCCUCCAAGAGGAGGAGCACAUUAUGGCUCUGGACUACGACUGGGACCACAACAACACUGGAUUCAGUAUGGUGUACUUCACUGUAGCCAGUAAGGACUCUGUACCAGGUGCCAUUAAGAGAGCAUACAUACCUUCACUGGAUGAUGGCAGUAACAACAUCGGCGCUGCUGUCGACCUCGGGAUCAAAUACAUCACCAGACCAGACGGCAUCGCUGUGGACUGGGUGGGCAGGAACCUUUACUGGGCAGACUCCACGUUGAAGAGAUUAGAGGUGGCCAUGUUGGAUGGACGCUAUAGAAAGCACCUAGUCAAGACUGAGCUGGGCCACCCAUCUGCUGUGGCUGUCAACCCAAGACUGGGUAUGUUGUACUGGGCAGACCGUGGUGACUCAGCUAAGAUUGAGUGUUCUUGGCUGGACGGCCAGGAGAGGAAGGUCCUAGUGGCUGACGGUCUGGGUUGGCCCACUGGCCUGUCAAUCGACUUCACCAACGGUGACAGAAUCUACUGGUCUGACUCCAAGGAAAGCCACAUCGAGUCUGUUCUGCCUUCAGGAGAUGACCGUAGAACUUCUGUCUACAUAGAUGUGAGAAAUCCCUUCAGUGUGAAUGUGUUCGAGGACCACGUUUACUGGAGCACUCAGGAGAAAGGCGAAGUGUUCCGGCAGGACAAGUUUGGCCGUGGAGCCAAGACCAAGCUGCUAACCGCCGGGCCCUGGCUCACACAGGUCUCUGUGUACCAGCAGCAGAGAUACAACUCCAUAGGCAUGAAGAGUCCAUGCAAGGGAACCUGCAGCCACCUGUGUUUGCUCCGACCCGGAGGCUACACCUGCGCCUGCCCUGAGGGCACCAGCUUCAUCCCCGGCAGUAAAACUGAAUGUGAUGCAGGGUUUGAUCCACCGCCCACCAUGCCCCCUCCAUGUCAGUGUCAAAACGGAGGUACCUGCUACUUUGACGACAACAAGGCUCUCUGCAAAUGUCCUCCAGACUGGAGUGGAGAUUACUGCCAGACUAAUGUGUACAACAUUGUUGCAUCCUCAGUCGGAAUAGCAAUUGGCGUGACAGUAGUGAUCGUGGCUCUGCUGGUUGCUCUGGUCUAUGCUGUCAGGAAGAAGCCCAACGUGCUGGAGCAAAUACGAAACAACUUGCCCAGUAUGCCCAGCAUGCCCUCGCUGCCGUCCAUGCCCAACCUGCCAAGCUUCAGAAAUGGACUGUCUCCAAGUGCACCAAAAACAGAGGGAAGUGAAACGAGGCUUGAUUCUGAAGCGGUUCCCUGUGUGUCUGUGUCCAUGGGGAACACGGAGGCAAAGAGUUUUGAGAACCCAUCAUAUGAAGCUGAAAAACAACCUGCUGCCGCAAGCAAGAUGACAGCCAUGUCAGCUCCUGAUGGAACGGACAAGGAGUACAUUGAUAAUCCUUUGUAUAUGGAAGAAGUUAGGACAAGCCAGCCAGAUGUUGAGGACAAGCCAGCCAGAAGUGCAAACAAACCUGCUGCUGCCAACAAGGAUGCGUUUGAGAACCCAGCAUACGGCUCAGACACAGAAGACUUCACCCCUUCACAGCCAGCUGCUUCGAGUGCUCAGCUGUUUGAACCCACUGGGGAUGAUAGUCAUGUGUCUUUCAACAACCCCACAUACACGGAGAACUCAUAUGCAGCUGCUCCAGAUUCUGACAUUUGAUGUAAAUGCUACGUCAGAGAUUAGACUGGACCUGAAACCUCGUCUAGUCUCAUCGGAGGAUGUAGCUUCAUGAAAGUAACUGCACAACUCAAGCAGAGCAACAACAGACCUGGAACAAAGCAAUCAAGACAUUUUGUAAGAAGAAGAAAAAUAUAUUUUGUUUCGCCUACAUGCUUAACUUUAAUUUCAAUGUAGCUAUUUGUGUACAAAAAAAUAAUCUUUUGCAGACAUGAUUUAAUGUAACUAAUAUUAAAACUCAUCCAUUAACACAAUAAAAUGAAUCGAAGCUGGUAGAUGUUGUGUUUAGGAUUAGUGUGUUUUGUAUCUUUAUGUAAAUUUUGACUGUGAGAAAGUUAAAUAUUAAAGCUGCUAUUAUCAUCAUUCUGUGUCUAAUGAUUGGACCACAAAUGGUAUGAGAUGUCACAUAAAAUGUCAGGUUUGAAGUCCUUUAAAUGA